CCGCCUCCCCCCCAGGCCAAGAUCGCCUGCAACGCCAAGGACACGGCGCACACCCGGGCAGAGAGGAACAUCCUGGAGGCCGUCAAGCACCCCUUCAUCGUUGACCUCAUCUACGCCUUCCAGACGGGCGGCAAGCUCUACCUCAUCCUGGAGUGCCUCAGCGGUGGAGAGCUCUUCAUGCAGCUGGAGCGGGAAGGGAUCUUCCUGGAGGACACUGCCUGUUUCUACCUGAGCGAGAUCACACUGGCACUAGGUCACCUGCAUUCCCAUGGGAUCAUCUACCGGGAUCUUAAGCCAGAGAAUAUCAUGCUCAACAGCCAAGGUCACAUCAAGCUGACAGACUUUGGGCUGUGCAAGGAGUCCAUCCACGACGGAGCCGUCACCCACACCUUCUGCGGCACCAUCGAGUACAUGGCCCCCGAGAUCCUGGUGCGGAGCGGGCACAACCGGGCGGUGGACUGGUGGAGCCUGGGCGCCCUGAUGUACGACAUGCUCACCGGAUCGCCGCCGUUCACCGCCGAGAACCGCAAGAAGACCAUCGACAAGAUCCUCAAGGGAAAGCUGGUGCUGCCGCCCUACCUGACACCCGAUGCUCGUGACCUCCUCAAAAAGGUCCUCCCCCCUCCCCCCAAUUUU